CAGUCAUCCUCCAUUUACCACAUUUCUCCAGAGUCGGCGAAAGAGGCGCACGCAGGAAAAUGGACGAGUCUAUGCACCACCAGGAACAGGAAGCAUCGGGCCAGGAGCACGAGCAGGGCAGGUCUUAUGAUGGAAACGGAGAGUCGAGCAACCAUGGCAAUAGCAACACUCACCCGCAACCACCCCCACCUUUCGAUCCGCAAGCCAUUGCCGCUCAGCUUCCCGCCAAUUUCCCGCGGGGCGAUGCAGCCGCGAUGGAUGCGGUCAUGCAGCUGGCUCAGGCCGCCAGCCAGCAGCAGCACUUCAACUUUGGUCAGCAUGUAGGGUCGAACAGCGAAGACAGCAGCCAGAUGGAAGCAAAGAGCAAGCGAAGGCGGAGCUCGCAGUCCAGAGGCAGGGGCGGUUCGACAAGCACAGGCACAAAAUCGCAAAAGAGGGACGGGGAACAAGUCGGGACGAGCGAUGGGCAGGACCAGGAUCAGAGCCAAGAUCAAGGCCAAAAUCAGAAUCAGACACCUUGGUCGCCCGAUUACGAGCAAUUGUUGAGGCGACACCUCAACCAGGCAGAGGAGGAAGGAAUGCGUGACCAGACGCAGCAGGGCGAUGCUGCAGGGGGCCACGGAGAGCAUGACGGGCAUGAAGCUGCUGUCGCUGCUGCAGCUGCUGCCUCGGCCGCCGCCGAUGCGGGUGCCGGUACCUCGCUUGACGAGACGUCCGCGCAAGCUCUUGCACGCAAUGGACGAGCCUUGAGCAACACGAAACGUGCCGCCCAGAAUCGUGCUGCACAACGUGCCUUUAGAGAGAGGAGGGACAAAUAUGUCAAGGAAGUGGAAGCAAAGGCAGAGCUGCUGGAAAAGGCGCUGACCUCGGAGCGGCACUAUCGAAGCCAGUACGAGGAUGCACUCAAGACAAUCGAGGGGCUGCGAUCCGACAAUCAGAGUCUGCGACUGGCCAUCAAUGCACUGGGUGGCAACGUACCAGCAGCCCAAUCGGCCUCUGAGUCGGCACCUGAACAGCCGCAAUCUCGAGAGGAAGGCGAGGAGCAACGGUGGGAACAGGUCGAUCCCACCCUGGAGAGGCAAGCAGAACACGGAAACGACACAGCUCCGUCCAAGGAGCAGAGGCAGACCAAUGAGGACGGGCAACUCGAUGGUCUGAGGGCUGUGGCUGCUGCCGCUGCCGCUGCCGUCGUCAGCGAGGGCAACAAGGACGAUCAGCAGACGCAAGAAAACGGACAGUAAACCAGAGGUGAUGUUGUAAAAUGCAUUCUUGUACGAGUAGUUAUAUAGUAGCAGUAGUAGUAUACAAUGGAAGCACCGACUUCAAUAGCG